GCGAGAACACAUCUUGUGUGGUUCUCUUCUGUCUCCAUCCCCUUUUUAUUCUCUUCUUUCGGAUUUGGGUUCCUGAGAAACUCCUCGAUCUCUCUCAGAUUAUUUUCUUCUUCUCGUAGGCUUAAAACUGCUUUCUUUGGUUUCGUUUCAUCAAGUCUUAGGCUUCUCGUGUUUUGGAUGAUUACGGUUUCGUUUCCUGUUGUAGGAAAACAUGAGUAAUACAAUGAGGCCUAGGAUGAAAAUCAUGUUUCAUUUGGUCUAUGACAGGGGUUAAAAUCAUCCAUCAGUACCUCGUUCCCAAAUAUUUCUCUUUGUAAAGCCUACUCUCUGUCGAAGAAGUUGGAGCUCGUUUUGCUACGUUGAUUCUGUUUUCUUUGGUGUUUUCGUUUCCCAGCAAAGAGAUCGAGUUUUCUUGUUGUAUAUUGUAUGGUUUGUCACAAGUUCUAAAGCCCCAAGAAGCCCAACAACCAUCUCUUUUCUCUGUUCUUUUUCCCUUUUCUAGCUUGUAGUCGAGACCAUGGAAGUGGGCAGGAAGGAGAAAAGUAAGAAAGGUUUGAUCGUGAAGACAUGGGAGCGAUGUCGAUCGAUCGGCGUUGGCGGUAAGAAGUCAUCGGGGAUUACUCCCAUAGCGAAGAGCAAAUCGUGGCCUCGCACUCCAGAUUCAUCGGACGACGGCAAACGCGGCGUGAACCGGCGAGUCGCUCCCGAGGGUUGCUUCUCCGUUUACGUCGGGCCUCAGAAACAGCGGUUCGUGAUCAAGACCGAGUAUGUCAACCAUCCACUGUUCAAGAUGCUACUGGAUGAAGCGGAAAUGGAAUAUGGGUACAACAGCGCAGGCCCUCUAGCGCUACCUUGCGACGUGGAUCUCUUCUACAAGGUGCUGCUGGAGAUGGGCAGUGAUGAGAAUGAGAUUAUUCAUCAACAAGGAUGUAACUUCACCAAAGGUUACAAUUCCUAUCGCCUUCUUAGUCCAUCUCGAAUGGCGCUCAUCAACAGAUUUUGACUGUACGUGCUGUUUCAGCUUGUGGCUUUGGGCUUUGGGCUUUGUUUGUUCAGCAGUGGGCGUUCAAAGUUGUUCUUUUAUGGAAUCUAACGCCCAUGACCCAUGUGCAUUAAUUAUACGUAAGUCUGUCUUGCAAAGAAUCAUCAAAAGCAAUGUAAUUCAAACUUUGUACGAUAAACCAGCUCAUGUAACUGGAAGUUCUCUUUUUUCUUUCUGAAAUUCAAUGUCGAAAACCCCAAAUGAGUAUUAUAUUUA